UUCCGGGUUCACUCAGGAAAAAACGGCGCGGGUCGGCUUCAGUCCCGACCCAGAACCCGAACCGAAGUGUGCUUUCUUGUUUGCGACCCUUGUCGUGUCUGAGCUCGGCGCAGACACAGAGGAAAACAAUAGGAUGAAAUAUUUCACCAGACUGAGAGUCAGAAGAGUCUACAAGUGGCGCGGAGAGGCUCUAAGUUUCAAUAGGAAGUUAAAAACCUGCGAAUAUGGCUCUUUGGCCAUCAGUGUGGAGGGUCUCCCGAGGACCACCGUCGUUAACACCGGCCAACACAUCCUCAUAGAGGGGGACGACGAAGACAACCCCUACGUGGCCAAAGUCGUCAGGCUGUUCGGUGACGAGAGCGGGAAGCAGAAGAAGGCGGUGGUGCAGUGGUUUGUUCGCGUGUCUGAAGUGCCUCCGAGCAAGCUGAAGCUGCUGGGCAGAGAGCCCCACCCACAGGAGAUCUUCUACUAUCAAGGUCGCAACUGUGACGACGAGGUCAACGCCGAGUCCAUCCUCAGAACUGUGCGGGUGAAGCACCUGGACGGAGCAGCCCCGUUCCCUGACUCUGACGAUAAAGACACUCUGUACGUCAAGGUGUCCUGGGACUCUAAGACCUUCAGGGUGGUGGACUCCGCUGUGGUGGAGUCUUCCUCUGAACCUGCUCUGGCUUCCUCCCCUCCUCCCCGUCCCAAACCCUCCCUCCCCCUCUCGCCCCCCUGCUCCCUGCCCGCGGCAGCUCCAGCGCCCCGAGGCUCUUCUCGACGCGCCCUGCCCACGCCGGACCCCGCCGUCAUGCACAGAGCCUCCUCGGGAGAAGCGAGGUACAGCGGGGCCACCAUGAGCGCGGGGAGGGCCGGUGCCGCGGAGGCCGAGUCCCUGCACUCGGCCUCCAAACUGUCGGCCUCAAAAUGUCUGAGCGCCAAGAGGAGGAACGCCUCAGCCAGGACGCCCGGGGUCUGCAAGAAACUGGAGCUGGCGAGUCCGGAGAAGAUGAUCCGAGAGGACGUCCUGAGCCAGCUGCUGAACGAGGAGCUGGCUCACAGGCUGUCGUCCUCUCCCCCUCGGGCCCUGCCUCUCACCCACCGCCUCAGCCCCCUCAGGAAGGCCCGCGGAGCCCCCGGCGCUGAGGACGCCCCCCCCCUGAAGCCCUUCGCCGUGGUCCUGAACAAACUGCCUGCCUCUGAGACAGAAAGUCCCCCGUCGUCUGCCAGAGACGACCCCGCCAGUCCUCGGCAGGGUGAUGUGAUGGAGGCAGAGUUACCGACCGCCUCGGUGAAAACGCCGGGAAGAAGAAAUGCCACCCCGAGGAGAAACUAUUCCACCAGAGGGCAGAAAGCUACCACUCCCUCUCGGAAGACGGAACUGAAAACGCUGAGGGAACCGGCUCUGGGGGUGCUGGCUGAGGCGGACAAUGAAAGCUCUCCGAUUCUGCCAGCUGCCACCACGCCAAGGAAAUCUAAGAGGAAGUCGGCCCAGCUGGUGUUGUCUCGCAUCAGGAAACAGCUGAAUCUUCUGGACACCCAGCGGGACCUGAACUCAGACGGGGAGGACGGGGACGAGUUUGUUCCAUCGAAGAAGGAGAUGCAGAGCAGCAGUGAGGAGGAGGAGGAGGAGGAGGAGGAGGAGGAGGAGGAUGGCGGUGGGGAAGAGGAGGAGGCAGAGGCAGGGCUGGAUAGGGAUGAGGAAGUAGUAGCAAAGAAGAGGCGACACGCUGCAGCGGGACCUCGCACUCCUCGUUCAAAGCAGAAGACUCGCCCCUCCGCCAGGACGCCGCGUAAAACCCCCAACAAGAAGUUGGCCCCCGGCGCGCCGCGGACCCCCGGUCACGCCACUCCCAGCAUCCCCAGCAGGUCCCAGCCGGCCCGACAGCCCGCUAACGUCCUGGAGGAGGCCAGAACGAGGCUGCACGUGUCCUCGGUGCCGGAGUCGCUUCCCUGCAGGGAGCAGGAGUUCCAGGACAUCUACAGCUUCGUGGAGAGCAAGAUCAUCGACGGCACCGGAGGGUGCAUGUAUAUCUCAGGUGUCCCGGGCACAGGGAAGACGGCCACGGUCCAUGAGGUGAUGCGCUGUCUGCAGCACGCGGCCGACGUGGACGAGAUCCCUCCUUUCCACUUCAUCGAGAUCAACGGGAUGAAGAUGACAGACCCUCAUCAGGCCUACGUGCAGAUCCUGCAGAAACUGACGGGUCAGAAGGCCACGGCCGACCACGCAGCAGCUCUGCUGGAGAAGAGGUUCAGCAACCCUGCACCCAGGAAGGAGACCACGGUGCUGCUGGUGGAUGAACUGGACCUGUUGUGGACCAGGAAGCAGAACGUGAUGUACAACCUGUUCGACUGGCCCACGCGGCGUCACGCCCGCCUGGUGGUGCUGACCAUCGCCAACACCAUGGACCUGCCGGAGAGGAUCAUGAUCAACAGAGUGGCCAGCAGGCUGGGUUUGACCAGGAUGUCGUUCCAGCCGUACAGCUUCAAGCAGCUGCAGCAGAUCAUCAUGUCCAGGCUGAACAAGGUGAAGGCCUUCGAGGAGGACGCCCUGCAGCUCGCGUCCAGGAAGGUGGCCGCUCUGUCGGGCGACGCUCGUCGGUGUUUGGACAUCUGUCGCAGGGCAACGGAGAUCUGCGAGCACUCUGCCGCUGACCCCUCCGCUACAGGACUGGUGGGAAUGAGUCAUGUGAUGGAGGCGCUGAACGAGAUGUUUUCCUCCGCCUACAUCACUGCGAUCAAGUGUGCAUCGGUGCAGGAGCAGCUCUUCCUCAGGGCGGUCAUCGCUGAGUUUCGGCGGCUGGGAUUGGAGGAGGCCACCUUCCAACAGGUGUUCGUGCAGCACCAGGCUCUGUGUCGGGUGGAGGGCCUGCAGCCCGUCAGCGUGUCGGAGGGCCUGGCGGCGUGUCAGCGUCUGGGAGCCUGUAGGUUACUGCUGCUGGAGCCCAGCCGCCUGGGAGUCCUGCAUCGCGUCCGCCUCAACGUCAGCCAGGACGACGUGCUCUUCGCCCUGAAGGCCGACUGAAGGAGGAUCUGCUUCAGACCAGCUUAUGUGAGCCCCGCGAGAAUCUAGGCUGAGUGUGGGGCCCACAGCACGACGCCCGGAGUGGAGAUCAGGAGUCUGAUCCUGAUCCAGCCUGAACUGUGAUUAAAAACUCAGAUAACUAGUUUUUAAAGCUUAAAUUACUGCUUCUUAAGGGCUCUGUCCUUUAAUAGUGAGACAGAAAUCACUGUCUUUGUUAUUUUAUGGCGCCGUAAAUCAGCAAUGGCAAAGAUGUGGAGCACUUGACCACAAAACUAAUGUUACUGCAAAGUUACACUCAAUGUUUUUCUCUUUCUUUUUCUAAAUAAAUCCGGCUUUUUGCCUUGUCUUUA